AGAGGUUCGCGGCCGCGCCGUCGCGGCGGGGGCCGGCUGCGCCAAGCGCCCCACUCUGAGAUGGCGAGGCUCAUGCGGUCGUGCCUGCUGGCCGCGGCGGCCUACGCGGCCCUCGCCGCCCUCGCGGCGCUGCGGGUGCCGACCUCGGCCGCCUUCCUCGCGGCCGCCCCCGCCGCGGGCCGCCGCGAGGCGCUGCAGGGGGCUGCCGCGGCGGCGGCGGCGGCGCUGGGAGGGCAGGCCGCGCUUGCGGACUUCCAGGGCGAGCCCGUCACCUGCAUGAAGCGGUACGGCCCCGCCAUCAUCAAGCUGCAGAGCGCCGUGGACUCUGGGGACAUGAAGUCCGUCCUGGCCAAGGAGAACAAGUUCAAGAUGCUCAACACGUACUGGCGCAACCAGCCGAAGGACUUUGCGCAGCAGACCGAGAUCUCCGAGGACCUCCUGGACGCCGCCGCGGACGGCCAAACAGACAAGGUGAAGACGCUCUAUGCCAAGUACAUGGAGAAGUCGGAGCUGAAGUCUUUUGCCAACCUCCCCCCGGCCAGGCAGUACCACAUGACGAACCGCGACGCCUCCAUGGGUAAGCGCUGAUGCGGGGACGCGCAGCACGUCCUGGCAAGUAGAUGUUGAAGCGUUUUUAGAGAGACGAGGCGUCUUGUAACGGCCCUCGCUUCGCAAUGAAUAUCAACCCAUUCCUCCUCGUUCUGACUGUGAUGCUCCUCCGCCCGGUCCUCUCCGCUGCUGCUCCUCGUCCUCACCCGAUCCGAUCCCGGUGCGCCCGGAUACCCGUCGAGGGCCCAGAGCCGACCUCCUUGUG